UUCCUUUGUGUCGAGGGUCUUCCUGUGCCCUCUCCCCCAACUCUUACCACCUCAAACCCUAAUUCUUGAUCCUUUCUAUUUCGCCUUCCUCCUUCUCCGCCCCCUUGCUUUCUGAAACCGUAUUCCCAUAGUUGCAGCGCAAGGUUUCUUCGACAUGGCGUCCGACCCGAACCUGGGGUUCCUGACGAAGCGGGACACGGAGGUGAAGCUCCCGCGGCCGACCCGCGUGAAGAACAAGACCCCGGCGACCAUCCAGAUCACCGCCGAGCAGAUCCUGCGGGAGGCCCGGGAGCGGCAGGAGCCCGAGAUCCGCCCUCCCAAGCAGAAGAUCACCGACGUCCACGAGCUCGCCGACUACCGCCUCCGCAAGCGCAAGGAGUUCGAGGACCUUAUCCGCCGCGCCCGCUGGAACACUGGCGCUUGGGUCAAGUACGCCGCCUGGGAGGAGUCCCAGGGCGACUUCGCCCGCGCCCGCUCCGUCUGGGAGCGCGUCCUUGAGGUCGACUACCGCAACCCCACCCUGUGGCUCAAGUAUGCGGAGCUCGAGAUGCGCCACCGCUUCGUCAACCAUGCUCGCAACGUCUGGGACCGCGCCGUUGCGCUCCUACCCCGCGUCGACCAGCUAUGGUACAAGUACAUCCACAUGGAAGAGAUGCUCGGCGACGUCGCCGGCGCCCGCCAGAUAUUCGAGCGCUGGAUGGACUGGCACCCCGACACCCAGGGCUGGCUCUCCUACAUCAAGUUCGAGCUGCGGUACAAUGAGGUCGACCGGGCACGUGCCAUCUACGAACGAUUUGUCGCCGACCACCCCCGCCCCUCCUCUUUCAUCAAGUAUGCCAAGUUCGAGGCCAAGCGCGGUGAGAUCUCCCGUGCCCGUGCCAUUUAUGAGCGUGCUGUCGACCUCCUCUCCGAUGAUGAGGAGGCUGAGCAGCUCUUCGUUGCCUUUGCCGAGUUCGAGGAGUGGUGCAAGGAGACUGAGCGAGCCCGAUGCAUCUACCGCUUUUCCCUUGACCACGUGCCCAAGGGGAGGGCGGAGGAGCUCUACAGGAAGUAUGUCGCAUUUGAGAAGCAGUACGGUGACCGGAAGGGGAUUGAGGAUGCCAUUGUCAGCAAGAGGAGGUUCCAGUAUGAGGAAGAGGUGAGAAAGAACCCUUUGAAUUAUGACUGCUGGUUCGAUUAUAUAAGGCUGGAGGAGAGUGUUGGGAACAAAGAUAUGGUGAGGGAGGUGUAUGAGAGAGCAAUCGCCAAUGUGCCUCCAGCAGAGGAGAAGCGGUACUGGCAAAGAUACAUCUACUUGUGGAUAAACUAUGCAUUGUAUGAAGAACUUGAUGCCCAAGACAUGGAUAGAACAAGAGAGGUUUACAGGGAAUGCCUUAAAUUGAUACCUCACAAGAAGUUUUCAUUUGCCAAAAUAUGGCUCAUGGCAGCCCAAUUUGAGAUACGGCAAAUGAAUCUAAAGGGUGCACGGAAAAUCUUGGGCAAUGCUAUUGGAAUGGCUCCAAAGGAUAAGAUAUUUAAGAAGUAUAUUGAGAUUGAACUGCAACUAGGAAACAUAACUCGUUGCAGAACUUUGUAUCAAAAGUAUCUCGAGUGGGCUCCUGCAAACUGCUAUGCUUGGUGUAAAUAUGCUGAGUUGGAAAGGUCAUUGAGUGAAACAGAGCGUGCUCGAUCGUUAUUUGAGCUUGCAAUUGCUCAACCUGCACUGGACAUGCCAGAGCUGCUCUGGAAGGCAUAUAUCGACUUUGAGAUAUCAGAGGGAGAAUACGAGCGAACAAGGCAGCUCUAUGAGAGGCUACUUGAUCGAACAAAGCACUUGAAAGUGUGGAUUAGUUAUGCCAAGUUUGAGGCUUCAGCUGGUGGGGACGAUGACGAGACAGAUGAUGAGGUUUUGGAGAAGAAUGAUAUAAACAAUGAAGAGCGACAAAGGAAGCGGAUCGAAAGAUCCCGAGGUGUUUUUGAAAGGGCAUUUGAUUACUUCAGAACAAGUGCCCCUGAAUUGAAGGAGGAAAGGGCAAUGCUUUUGGAAGAUUGGUUGAAUACGGAAAGUAGUUUUGGAAGUCUUGGAGAUGUUAGUUUAGUGCAAAAGAAAUUGCCUAGGAAGGUAAAGAAGAGAAGACCUAUAUCAUCUGAAGAUGGAACUCCUGCUGGGUUUGAGGAGUACAUUGAUUACAUUUUCGCUGAUGAAGUAGCUAUGGCACCUAAUCUGAAGAUAAUGGAAGCAGCAUACAAAUGGAAAAGACAGAAACUUGGGGCAGAUGAUGAUUGAGAAGUCAAAUGCGAUGUGCUUCGUGGCUUUGUACCAUUCCUCUUUCAAGGAGCCUAUCAUGUGGAUGCAUAUGCUCGAGUUUUCACUCAGAUGACUAAAUUCUAUUGGAAAGUAAGUCCUGUCAUUUGCAAUAUCCCUUUAUCCCAUGUAACUGUAACAAAAUACACUUCCAAAUGAUCAAACUGCAAGUGCGGCCAUCCCUUAUAAACUUCUCUCCAAGCUGCAAAAGUUUGAAACUGCCCUGUGGAUCGAGUUUUUGCCAAAAUUUGUUAGGUUAGUUUGGUUUAUAUCACCCUACCAAUAUGUAAAGAAUGUGCUUAUAUUAAACCGGGGAUUUUCAGGGCUGUGUAAUCUUACUUUGUUUUCCUUUGACAUUGAUGGAGACUUGAAUCCAUCUCGGGGAAAGCUGCUUCUGGAUUUGUGAUCAGGGAUGAACAUUAAUUGUAUUCUUCGAGCUGGGUUAGUGUGUUUUUCUGCUGGCUGCCUCUUAUCAGUA